CUCGUCCUUCCCCCCUGCACAGCUACACUACACCAGGCUGGAGUCCCCGGCAGCACGGCGCGCAACACAACACACUGACAGCUGCGACUGACUCACAACCAAGGGGGAAAAGAUGGAGCACAGAGACAUGGACUUCAACAUAAUGCUAGCGACGGACUCAUACAAGGUAACACAUUACAAACAAUACCCCCCCAACACAAGUAAAGUGUACUCCUACUUCGAGUGCCGCGAGAAGAGGACAGAUCCUGGCAAAAACAGAAAAGUCAAAUAUGACAAAACCGUCUUCUACGGCCUACAGUACAUCCUCUACAAAUACCUAAAAGGAAAGGUAGUGACUCCAGAGAAGAUCCAGGAGGCAAAGGAGGUAUACAGAGAACACUUCCAGGAUGACGUUUUCAACGAGAAAGGGUGGACUUACAUUUUGGAGAAAUACAACGGACACCUGCCUAUUGAAAUCAAGGCAGUGCCAGAGGGGAGCGUCAUUCCUCGAGGCAAUGUUUUGUUCACAGUGGAGAGCACAGACCCUGAAUGCUACUGGCUCACCAACUGGGUGGAGACCAUUCUGGUUCAGAUCUGGUACCCUAUCACUGUGGCGACCAACUCCAGAGAGCAGAAGAAGAUCCUCGCCAAGUACCUCCUGGAGACUUCUGGGAACUUGGAGCGACUAGAGUAUAAACUGCAUGACUUUGGCUACAGGGGCGUCUCCUCACAAGAGACUGCAGGCAUUGGGGCCUCCGCCCAUCUGGUUAACUUCAAGGGCACAGACACGGUCGCCGGCAUCGGAGUCAUUAAGAAGUACUACGGCACCAAGGACCCUGUGCCAGGCUUCUCAGUGCCUGCUGCAGAGCACAGUACCAUCACAGCGUGGGGAAAGGACCAUGAAAAAGACGCCUUCGAGCACAUCAUCAAACAGUUUCCCAACGUGCCCGUAUCCAUUGUCAGCGACAGCUACGACAUCUACAACGCCUGUGAGAAGAUCUGGGGAGAAGACCUUCGGGGCCUGAUAGAGAAGCGCAGCGCAGAUGCUCCGCUGGUUGUUCGGCCGGACUCAGGAAACCCUCUUGAUACGGUUUUGAAGGUUUUAGAGAUCCUGGGUAAGAAGUUUAUUCCAUUGGAGAACUCUAAAGGUUAUAAGGUUCUCCCUCCUUACAUCAGAGUCAUACAAGGAGACGGAGUUGACAUCAACACACUGCAAGAGAUAGUGGAGGGCAUGAAGCAACACAGAUGGUCCAUUGAGAACAUUUCCUUUGGGUCCGGAGGGGCUCUGCUCCAGAAACUGACCAGAGAUCUGCUCAAUUGCUCUUUCAAAUGCAGCUACGUGGUCACUAAUGGACUCGGGGUGAACGUGUUCAAGGACCCAGUGGCUGACCCCAACAAGAGGUCAAAGAAAGGUCGCCUGUCUCUGCACCGGACACAGAGCGGAGACUUUGUCACCCUGGAGGAGGGCAAGGGCGACCUGGAGGAGUAUGGCGUGGACCUGCUGCACACAGUCUUUCAGAACGGGAAGAUUGUGAAGACGUACACAUUUGAUGAAGUCAGAGACAAUGCUAAGCUCAAAGAGAGUGAGCUUGAAGAGCUGCUGCACUGAGCGCAGCACUACUGAACCCCCCCCACCCUCCACCCUAACCCCCAAAACAACCCCUUCCCCCCCUUUAACCCUUCACCUUUUGCCUCCAGCGUCGCCUCAGAAAACGGAGGUAGCGUGCACUGCUAAUAGAUCCCACCCCUAAAGCCUGAAACCCCCCCCUCCCGAAACGUUCCUAAAAACCUGAGAACUCCCUUAAAAUUAAUGGAAAUUCACAUUCAGUUUUUGGCUCUCCAGUUGGAGUAGAGAAUUUGGAAACUCCCACACCUCUGAUGAACAGCGAACACCCCAUGAGUGUAAGGGGGAAAAAAAGAGAGAGAGAGAGAGAGAGAGAAUGACCGAGCAGUUUAGUAAGACAGGAACAACAGAGAGAGAAGUCGCGAUUACGAUGACAAAACGUGCGUUCACUUCCAUGCUGCUGCUGCCCCCUGAUUGGACUUCAGCACAUUGCACUGAUAAGCCAGACACAUUGCAACGUAAGAAUGUGAUUGGCCGCUGAUAGGCUGUGUGUCUGCAGACUUUUCCAUGCAGACACAAAAAGCAAAUCAGACGAUUGUAGGCUUUUGAAUGAGCUCCCGGCGGCUGCAUGCGGAGUGAAUGCCACGGUGAGUCGCGGCGAGAAAGCCGAUGUCAGAAAGAGACAGAGAAAUAUAAAGCCACACCCACACCAAUGACCCCCCUGUGUAUCGUGUUUAGAGAAAAAAAAAAUACAUGUCUGAAUCUACUUAGCUUUGUCUUUUACGUGAAGGAAGAAAAUGAUGGUUAUGGUAUAUAACGGUGCACCGAUAACAUUGACCGACAACAGCUAAUAUGUUGCUUCUACUUGGAGAUCAUGAAUACUGUAAUUAUGGGCGAUGCUUUUAAUCAGUAGUUAUGGCCUAAAUUAUAAAAGGCCAUGUAUCAAGUACUACCUGAAUAUUUUGUACUCUUUACUCCGCCAAAUAAAAUGUUAUUGGUGCAUCUCUGAAGGUAUAUAAGUGAUCAUCUGCUUGCCAUUAUGUUGUCCACAGAGCGUUCAUAUCAUGAAGACACAAUUCCACAAUUCUGUUCAAGGAGGGAGGACCUCAAAGUGGCGUUUAAAUGUUGUUUUUUUAAUUUUUUUUGAAUUUCAAAUAUAUAUAUAUAUAUAUAUAUAUAUAUAUAUAUAUAUAUAUAAUGAAUGACAGCAUUAUGUCAAGCUCAUUUUCUAUCAGUGAUUUAAGUGUUCCGUGUCCUGAAGAAGUCCCAAAUCUUCCUAUGGCUAAGUUGACAAUAUUGGAUUUGAGUCAAAAGUUUCAGAUUGGGUCUUCAUGAUGGUGAAUGCUCUUUAAUCCAGUCUUUACUGUACAAGACCAAGAGUUGAUGUAAGAAGAAAACUACAUCACAGAAAAUUGUCUUCACUGGAAUGAAGAUGAUCUAAUUAUGUGUUUAUGAAAGAUUACAUAUGUGGCUCCUGGACAGAAAUGUAUGUUAAAUGUUGAUGUGUGUGCUUGGAUCCGUGUGUGCGAGUGGUUGUGUGUUUGUGUGCGAGGGGAGUGUGUGUACUGAUGUUUCUUCCUCUAAAGGAUUGCGUAGUAUUCCUUUAUGCAAACGUGCUCGUCGAUAGGGGGAAUAGAGGACACUCUUCCUUUUUACUUUGUCGGCCUUUUAUUCUGAAAGGAGGGCGCAGCUUUGUGACCAACAGGGACUUAUACAGGUAGUGAGUGUGUUUUUGUUUUUUUCCUUUUGGCAAUGUAGAAAGCAACUAAGAGGCAGAUCGGGAUCAGAAAUAACUUUACUGACAGCACAUGUACCGGCCAUGCUUUGGCAGUCGGUGGUGGUCUCGGGUAUCACUGCCUUAACUCCUUAAAAGCAGGGAAACUUCAGCAGCGGUGAUUCUGGGUAAAGUGCAUGCGGUACUCUUUGUUUGGACUCAUUGCCCAGGUAUGAAUGGGAUCUUGCUGAUACUGUCUUAUGGAGUUAAUUAUCCUUCCCAUUCAGAGCAUCUCAAAGGAAUUUCACUCCACUGUGUGCAGGUGCGUUUAGUCACAUUGCUGAGUCGGCCCUUUCAGAGUGAAAGGAUUUUUUUCUGUCGUCGAGCUAGGAGGCUUUAAAGAGGAGCUAGGAGCUGGUGACGUCACAGGAAACUAUUUUUUUUGGGUGGAAACGUUCAGGCUGUACAGCAGGCGCCAUUUUGCCUCGACUUUUUGGCAAUUUGGCAAAAUAAAAACUCAGCUAUUAACAAAUUAUUUUUAGCCAUUUGGUUCUAGGAAUGGCAAUGUCAGUCCGGCACUUUGGUGCUGAAAUAUCUGUCGGAAUAAUUGCAGUGAUAUGUUGCACAAACAUCCAUGUUCCCCAAAAGUUAUAUAACUUUUAAUCUAAAGCGAUCAUCAGGUUUAAAUUUUUAUGUCAAAUACUUUGGUUCAUGACUAAAUACCUGAAAAACUGAUUCCCAUCAGCCUCAUCUGUAUUGUUGUGUGUGUGUUUUAGCAAAUGUUAGCAAGCUAACACGCUAAACUAAGAUGGUGAACGUGAUUAUUAUUACACCUGCGAAACAUCAGCACGUUAGCAUUGUCACUGUGAGCCUGUUGGCAUGCCAACAUUGGCAUUUAGCUCAAGGUACAGCUUCACAGAACUGCUACCAUGGCUUUAAACUGUCCGGGUAAUAGUUUAUUCUCUCCCUGCACACUAACUUUCAGCCAUUUUACACUCAGUACUUCACACACACACACACACACACACACACACACACACACACAAACACACACACACACACUCUCCUGGGAGCUGCCCACUGCUACCACAGCCUGCUAAAUGUUUGCCACUGAGCCGCUUCACCGGAGCUAUUAGAGCUUCAUUGACCUUAUUCCCUUUCCCCACGGACGCCGACCCUGAUAGUUUUCUGAGAUUUUUUUUUUGAAGACCUUGAAGAAACCUGUGAUGUCACUGACUCCCACCCUCCCCCUCCUGGCUCAGACCAACCUGCUCAAACACAGACAAAAGCUGGGAAACAACAUAGCUCGUCACAUGCUGAAACAAUGUCACACUAGUUUCUUUAUUUUCCUUCUGUUUUUGCACCUGUCAAUAUCGUUACCUGUCAAAAUAAUUUGUUAUCCAAUUGUUCUGGAGUAACGACACAGUUAUUUUUAUUUUUCCAAUUAUGGGGUGCAUUUUAGUAAAACUUUGAUUUUACUAUUUUGAUACUGUCUCAGUUCUUACCUCAGAGAAAUAUUAUUUUGUAUGACAAAGGAGAAAAAAAUGCCAGAAAUAUUGCAGUAAAUAACCUUAUUUACAAACGAUGCGGCCAUACUGCCUUCUCACUUGUACAUACAACAACUAUCUUGACUGAACGCAGCGAGAGCGGGAUAGAGAGACGACCACAUUAGAUAAUAGUAAUAUUAUUAUUUUUGUCAGAACAACCGUUUUUUUGUACCAACAGAAGAAUAUCCAAAACGGCUUGACUGAAUUGGCAGUGUGACUGUUUUUUUGUGACUGUCAAGCUUUUAGCUUCUGUGUGUGUGUGUGUGUGUGUGUGUGUGUGUGUGUGUGUGUGUGUGUGUGUGUGUGUGUGUGUGUGUGUGUGUGUGUGUGUGUGUGUGUGUGUGUGGUCUUGAAUGCCUCUUGUGUAAUGGAUGAAAAAAAACUGUUUGUGAAUACUUUUUUUUCCUGUUAUGUUGUUGUUGUUUUACUCGUAUGUAUAUGUUGGUUGUCCCAAAAAUCUCUCCCAACACAACUGAUAUUUUAACAAACAUAACUUGCUAUAUUGUCAACAAUACAUUGAUUAAAGAUGCCACCCUGUCAGUUUGAAA